CUUCAGCCCAAAAAUAUAAAAGACCGUUCUAAAAAUAUUUUUUCCUUUCUUCAAAUCUUUUUCUUUUUUUAUUUAUUUUAAAAUGAAAACAGCUUGCUUUGUAUCUAUUGUAGGGGCCGUGAGUUACUUCCUUGGUUCAGUAACAGCUCAGAAUAACGAAUCACCUUUUCAUUGGUCUGACAGCAAAAUGGAAGCCAUCGGUAGAACAGGUGUAGCAGCUAUGCACGCAGUUCUUCUAAACGAAAAGACUAUUUUAAUUAUUGACAAAGCCGAGUGGAACGAAGCUCAAUUUGACUCCGGUCAAAGCGCCUUUUCAGUUCAAUAUGAUUUGGAUACAAAUACAUACCGUCCCUUGCCAUUAGAAACCAAUACUUUUUGCUCUGCGGGUGGUUUUUUGAGUAACGGCAGCUUUAUCAGCACUGGUGGUGGCGAAAAGCGUGGACGUGAUUGGAAGGCUGAGCCAGGUUGGCAGUCUAUUCGUCAUUUUACUCCAUGCACAGAUAAUUCCUGUUUAUGGGAUGAGUACAAAACCGGGAAAAUGACCGCUAAUCGUUGGUAUCCAACUGUGGAACAAUUACCUGAAGGUGAUUUGUUUAUUAUCGGCGGUUCAACAAAAGGUACAGCUGUCAAUCGUGCUGAGGUCAAUGUUCCUUCGUAUGAAUUUUGGCCUCCAAGACCUGAAGGCGAAGUUCCAUUCAAAUUUUUAAUUGAGACUAUGCCAUACAAUUUAUAUCCUUUUGUAUUUGUCUUGCCCGAUGGUAAUUUGUUUAUUUUUGCAAACAAGAAAUCGAUUAUCUAUGAUUACAAAAAGCAAAAGAUUGUAAAGGAACUUCCCAAAAUACCUGGUAAUCCUCGUUCCUAUCCUUUGACAGGUGGUGCUAUUAUGCUUCCUCUUGACCCUAAAAACAACUACAAUGUGGAAAUAUUAAUUUGUGGUGGAUCUGAACGUAUGAAGCGAGACGCUACUGCUGAUGAUACUUGUGGUCGUAUCAACUUAGGAGACGCUAACCCUCAAUGGAAGAUGGAAAGCUUUAUUCACAAGCGUUUGAUGCCUGAUGGUGUUAUUAUGGCUGAUGGAAAUGUGCUCUGGGUCAAUGGCUGUCAACGUGGCUGGGCGGGAUACAAUGGCCGUAAUCAUGAUGCUACUGUAGAUCCUCUUAUUUAUACACCCACAGCUCCCAUUAACAAGCGUUGGACUCAAAACUUAGCCAACACUGACAUUGCACGUAUGUAUCAUUCAGUCGCACUAACAUUACCCGAUGGUCGCGUAUGGAUUGCUGGCUCCAAUAAUGUUGAUCCCCCAGAUAUCAAUGCUGAAUAUCCAACAGAAUUCCGAGUUGAAUACUUCUCUCCUCCAUACCUUUUUAAAACCGCUACCCGCCCACUGAUCUCUCAUGUUCCUCGUAUUGUCACCUAUGAUGAGUCAUUCGACAUUCUUUUAAAUCUGGAAAAUUUAGCUGCUAAAGACACUGACCCAGCAAGCAAGAUCCGCGUUGGUUUAUUGCGUACCGGUUUCAGUACUCACUCUAUGCAUAUGUCUCAACGUUAUGUAUUUUUAAAUCAUGAAGUAUCUAACGAUUUACAGAGCCUCAAAAUUACUGCUCCUCCCCAUGCUGCCAUUUAUCCUCCAGGUGCGGGUAUGCUUUAUGUUCUUUAUGAUGGCGUACCUUCUAACGGCACUGAAAUCUUUAUUGAACGCACUCUCUCCGAUUUACAAAUUUAAUACUAUUUGAUUAGUCUGCUCCAUACCAUUACCUCUGCUAAAUAAUCCAUUUCUUCUCAUUGCCAUAUAACUUUUCAUUUUAACAUUAAAUUUUCUUUUUCAUAUCUAAACCAAA